AUGCCUUUAGGCUGGCGUGCCAUCCAUGUUAUAAUAAUAUACGUAAAGGCAAGUGGUUUUGCAGAUGUGUUGUGCGUGCUGUUGCUCAGUGGUGUCCAAAAGGAGGACAUCGACGCGAGCACCCUGCGGAAGCUGCAGCGGCACAACGUAAACAUCGACGAUAUCAACGGCCAGCAGCUGAAAACACAAUGUCUUGGUAAAACAGACAGUUCAAUCACUUUGACCACGCCACUGACAAAUCCGACAACCGAGAAAACAAAAAUAACCGUUACCGACAAAAUUGGACUGCCAGCCGAAGACACGACACCGCUACAAAAGAUCUUUGAAUAUUUAGAACUUUUACACAAAGAAGAAAAAAGAAAAGCCUUGGAAUCUAAAGAUGACAAAAAAAUAAAACAGGGACAGAAACCCUUCUCAUUUCUAUCCAGCUCCCCUUUUCGUGAUAGAAUUCAAGGAAUAAACGUUGAAGAUUUAAAUACCGAAACACGACUUCCAAGAACGACCAGCACUAAGAAAGACGAUGAAAAAAGCAAAAUGGAAAAGAGUAUAAAUUCGAAACUAGAGGCCUUAAUGAACGUUUUGCGAAUGAAUAUUGGCAGGACGCCUGAUAUAUCGCAGCAAGGAAGUACUACCGUUAAAACAGUUAAAGUUCUCCCUAUUUCUGAACACACAAAAAAUAUCGACUACAUUACAAAAAUUGUAGAGGAAAUAAUGUCCAAGAGACAAUUGAAAGAAGUAAACACAACUAAAGUCCCUAAUUUGAAUACAAAUAAAUCAUUGCAAAAUAUAGACGAAAAGCUCGACAUUCAAUCCAAAAACAAAUCAAUAUCACUAAUAAGCUAUUAUUUAAAAAAUUGCAAACUCGAGAAUUUUUACGGAAAUAAUCAAGGUGAUAAAGAUAAAUUAGAUAUAUUUGACAAUGUCAAAAGGCUUAGAUCCAGUAUUAACGAGCCAGAUGGAAAUGAUAAUAGCGAAUACUCCAUUUGCAAUAAACUAAAAGUACAAGAACAGAAAGUUAUCCCUGGCCAAAACGGCCACCCUAUAAUCAAUAACAUUUUAAGUGAAUUAAAAGAGGAAAGUGAAAGGUUUAAGCUGUUAGAUAAAGAAAGUGCCAUUGGAACUACUAUGGAACAUCAACCACAAACUGCGCUCAUCAAUCAGAAAAAUAACAAAUUUCUCAAUACUAAAGAAGGGUUAAAUAUAGUAAACAAAGACUACAAUAGAGCAUUAGGCAAUGAAUCUAAAAGUAUUAGCUUUGAUGGCCUAAGAGGUCACAUAAAAAUAAGUGGUGCUUAUAAAGAAGUCUCGGAUACUGAAACUGAUAAAGCAUUAAAAAAUGUAUUACAAUCGCAAUCAAAACUUUUUAAUCAAAUAUUUAAUCAACAAAGAAACAUAAUAAAAAUGUACAAUACCGACAAGGAAAAGUUAAAACCACGCGAAAAUGAACGUCCCGAACCUUUACAAUCUGCAUUGAAAGCUCAACUAAAUAAUGAACAUAAUGAGCCUAUGGUAACCAUGCAACAAUCACAAGAUAACUACCCGACAUACAUUAAUGAAAACAAACAUAAACUAGAGCCUAAAUUAGGACAUGAGCAAGCAAAACUUGUAGGUCAAUCACGUUUAUUCCAUUACAACCCAUCCAAAUCAGACAACAAUGUAUUGAAUGAAGAAUACAAAAGUUAUCAACUUACGGCCCCAAACUCUUUUAUUAUAGAAGAUCAAGCUACAGAGCCAAAAAAUAAUCUUAGAACAAGAAAUAAGAUAGAUGAUAAAUUAAAAACAACCAACACACUAAAUAGUAUCGAUCACGAUCGAGACCUAGUUAAGGACUAUAGACGACCCUGGUUCUAUGCUGAACUGAGCAAUAAACAUUUUAAACCCAAAAUCAAUGGAAAUCAACAGGGAUUAUAUUUUACACCUAAUAGCGAUAACAAAAUAACCAAUACAGUCGAGCCUAGAUUAAAAAAUUCGUACGAAAAAAGUUGGUCACCGUACUUUGACACGGCCGAUAAUAACACUACAAUUAUUCAAACAAACGAAGAUCUAAGGGCUAAUAAAGAACAUCCAAUUUUAGUAGAUCCAUCAUUAACCCAAUCAAACGUCCGAGAAUUAAUUGAUAGCAGUAAAAAAUACCCCAUGAUCGACGGAACGUAUCAAUAUGAAAAUAAAUAUCGUAGCCUCAUUGAAGAUAAAAAUUCUGAACAAUUAAAAACCAAACAAGAUAAGAAAAUUGACAUAGUUAAUAGCCAGACAUUUCAUGAAACUAGGGUCAAAUGCCUUUCCACUGCUGAGUAUAAAAGUAACCAUUUUAGAAAUAACCAAAAUAAUAUGAAAAUUACUAAUAUUAGAGAAAAUAAUGAUGAAACUGAAACUUUCAAUAAUAAUAUAAAAACGAAACAUAAUAAUUAUAGAUUACCAUCAAGACCCACUAUCACUGAGCAGCACUUGGACAGUGACACAACUUUAGACCGAUUCAAAACAAAUAUUGACGACGAUGAUUUGUUCAGUCAAAAUGAGACUAAAGAAAGUAAAAAAAUACCUUCAUUACCUCCAAAUGUUAUAAAAGAUAUAGCACAAAGUAUAAAAGAAUUUGUGUUAAGAGAUUUAAAAACGACGACGAUAACACCUAGCAGCACUACAACUUCUCAGAUGACAACUACAAUACCUACUACAAUCACCAAAACAGUUAAAUCUACGACAAAAGAAGACAUGACAACGACAUCGACCAAAGAUCCAUUAAAGAUACAGGAUGCUUCGAAAACAUUGGAGAAAAUGAUGGAAAUGUUAGCGAAAAUUACUUUGAUGAAAAAUACAGUUUUAGAACCAAAGAACGUUAAGCAUGUUCCGUACAACAUGAAUACAACAGUCCCAACACAAAAAACAAUCACGCAACGCCAUGAGCAACAAAUAGUACCAACAGACAAUACCCUCCGACAUCAACAAAAUAUCCAAUUGGAAGAAAACCGUGUACCGCAUGUUCCACAACCUUUACAACAAAACGUAAAAAACCUUAAAGCAUACGUGCCUCAACUGGUAGAAAUGAAAUAUGAAAAUUUGUUGCCAUAUGGUUCACAACCUUUGCAACAGAAUCCAGAAAACCAUGUACCAUAUGAUACACAGCCUUUACAGCAAGGCCCUGUGAAUGGAUUACCAUAUGAAGUUCAAACAUUAAAGCGCAACUUAAAAAACCCAGAAAUUAGCGAGCCGUAUGUGUCACAGGCAGUACAACUCAAAGAAGAAAACCGUUUACGAUAUUAUCCACAUACCUUAGAGCGUAAUCCAGAAAACGAAGUAUAUGUUCCACAGGCCCCAGUAAACCAUUCACCAUAUGUUCCAAAGGUUAUGCAGCUCAACGUUGAAAACCCUACGUACGUCCCACAUACCGUACAAAUGAAAGCAGAAAGCUAUUUUCCAUUUGAUUCACAGCUCUUACAAAAUAAUCAAGAAAACACACAGUCUUUCCAGCGUAAUACAGAAGACCUUAUACCAGUGCCAGAAGUUAAAACAGAAAGCCGAAUACAGUACUUUCCACUAGCUUUACAACCAAAAACAAAAAACCGAAUUCCAUAUGAAUUGCAGCGGUCUGAGCCCAACCCAGAAAACCCAGCGCUCUUACAAUAUUUGCCACAUGCUGCAGAAUUACCACCAGGAAAUAACAUACCAUAUGGUUCACCGGCUGUGCGACUAAAAACGGAAGAUUAUUUACCAUAUAACCCAAAACCCUUACAAAAUGGCUCAAAAAACAGACCAUAUGAUUACAGUAUGAUGGACCCUUAUCAUCAUUCGAAAAUUGAAUAUAAAACAUAUCUAAAAGAGGUUCAAGCACCUGUCCCGCAAAACAAAGUAAAACCGUCUUCCGAUAAACAAGUUAUAACAGUACAAACAAACUCUGGAGAAAUAUCACCAUUGAAAAUAGUACUGCAGAAACCUUUUUUGCAAAAUAUAGUACUUACAACACAACCGCCAGUAAAAGCGCAUCACAGUGAUGAAACUUUCCAUUUCAAAAAACCAAUACAAAAACAAAAUCGACACCAAGUGGAAGUCAAAGAAAGCGAAAUGAGUAAUAUUAAUGAAGACAAAGGUUAUGUGCCUCGACAUGCACACAAAGACACUAAGAUAGCUGUUCCAAAAUCUAGAAAAACUAAAAAGGAACGUGGAGUAGUCCAACACUAUAAACCACGAGUUCUUAAUGAAAUUGAAAAAUUUCAUGAAAAGUUAGAGAGAGGCGAUGCCUGGCAUCGCGAAGAUGAAAAGAUUGCAAAGAGAGUGCAAAGACCUAUUGUGAAGAAUACUAAUUAUGAUGACACGCAUUUUCGAAACUUUCUACAAACACAACAGAAAGUAAACGCUAUGCUUGAGAAAAUAUUGGCUUCUGGUAAAACCAAGCCAAUCAGUGCCGAGGUUAUAUAAAUUUUACUGUUUUGUAGUAUUUUUU